CCGACGUUUACAGAGAAUUCCCUCUUCAUUGCUCUCUCUCUCUCUCUAGAUCUUAAGACCUAAUGUUGCUCAAGGCUUCUCCCGCGCUUUCUCUCCUGAGCUCCGGCGGCGGAGUUCUCUUUCCUCCGUCCAGAAAUCCGUCGAAUCUUCUGUUUUCUUCGAGCGCGUGUCGUGGAUCUAGGUUUUCUGUUCAGGCGGCGAAAGGAACGAGCACGAAGUCGUUAACCGGAGUUGUGUUCGAACCUUUUGAGGAAGUGAAGAAAGAAAUGGAUCUCGUUCCUUCUACACCUCUGGUUUCUCUCGCUCGCCACAAGUUCGCUGAUGAUUCCGAGUCUGCGAUUAACGAUCAGAUCAAUGUGGAGUACAAUGUGUCGUACAUCUAUCAUGCCCUGUAUGCCUACUUUGACAGAGAUAAUGUCGGCUUGAAAGGUUUCGCCAAGUUCUUCAAAGAUUCGAGUCUUGAAGAACGUGGUCAUGCUGAAAAGUUUAUGGAGUACCAGAACAAGCGUGGCGGGAGAGUGAAGCUGCAGUCUAUUUUGAUGCCCUUCUCUGAGUUUGAUCAUGAAGAGAAGGGGGAUGCAUUAUAUGCUAUGGAGCUUGCGCUAUCUUUGGAGAAACUUACCAACGAAAAGCUUCUGAAGUUGCAAAGUGUGGGUGUGAAGAACAAUGACGUUCAGCUGGUUGAUUUUGUUGAAUCCGAGUUUUUAGGCGAGCAGGUCGAAGCUAUCAAGAAAAUCUCAGAGUACGUUGCACAGCUAAGAAGAAUUGGGAAGGGUCACGGAGUUUGGCAUUUUGAUCAAAUGCUUCUGAAUGAGAUUUAAGGGAGCUGCAGUACCGGCGAGAGGGACUAAUGAAUGCCAAGAGUUUUAUUUUCUUAUGUUUUAAAAUUUGAUAAAAAGACCAUGAUGGAUUUUCUAUCCUCUUUUUUUUUUUUUGUUUACAGCAAACAUUAAUCGAUAUAAAUAAAUAAGAUCCAUACGUGC